AUGGCUUCUCCAAGCGGUGCUGCACCUCUCGCAGCCGCCCCCUCAGCCUCCGACUUCCCCGUCCCUCCCUCCUCCUCCUCCUCCUCCCCACCCGCCGCUCCCGCUCCCCCAUCCCGCCCCCAGCUGAAAGCGCACUACUUCCACUACUCCUCUCGCCAAGUCAAAGCCCGUAUCGAUCCUGAAGUGCCGUUGGAGGAGAUCGUCAAGCAGUUGUGUGCGUCGAGCCAGUUGGGUGUGAAGGAGCCGGCUGGGUUGUUUGCGCUUAGGGAGAGAGAGGGGGGAGAGUUAGUCACGGAGGAGAAUGUGAGGGAGAUGUUGGAGAAGGGGACGCACUUCACGCUCGUCUCCUCUCCGAUGCUCGAAGCAGUCGAGAUGGUCGACAAGCUUCGCUCGACCGACCCCUCAACCCUCAAACCAGCCGUCUUCACCCUCCGCACCCUGAUACGCGAACGCCUCUUCCUCCGCGAGUACGUCAAGCGAGGCGGAGUCGAAGCACUGCAGGGCGUGAUUAAGCGAGCGAGUGGGAAUACGCUUGCGUAUGCGCUGGUUUGCUUGCAGGGGUUGUUGGAGCUGGAUGAGAGGGGGUGGGAGGGGAUCAGGAGGCCGUUCGUUGCGAGGAUUGUUGAGAUUGUCACGACUGAGCCUCUGAUCAAUGUCUCUCGACCCGCAACCGCCAUCCUCCGCCGCCUCGCCUCGCAGCCCUACACCGCUCCCAACUCUUCCGCAGGCGAAACCGGCUUCUCAGCGGUCUUUGACUCAAUCUUCGACCAGCCCGACUUCCUCGCCAUCUUGGUCGGGAAGCUCUCGUCUGGCGACGUCGAGGUUACGAACUUGAGUCUUGGGCUGUUGGAGUCGUUGCUGAGGGGGAGUAACGAGCUGCGAGAUUUGCGGGUUGCGGAUGCGUUGGAGAACCUGGAUGCGUGGAAGACAGUCGGGAAACUGCUCGACCAGACGAAAGGCGCCGACCUCUCCGCCCUCCUUUCUCUGCAACACCAACUCCUCCUCUCCCUCCACGUCGCCCUCACAACUCCCAUCGACGAGCCACACUACCACCUCUUCGACGAAGUCUGGGUCGCGGGCGAGCUGGAAGAUACGGACGAGACGAACCGCUGGAGGAGGCUGGGGUUCAAGACGGAAGCGCCCCAGUAUGAGUUUGAGGGGGCCGGGCUGUUGGGAUUGAAGGCUUUGAAGCGGUUUGCGGAGGAUUCGCAGAAUGAGUUUGCGCAGACUCUACGCGACCAGCUCAAACGACCCGAAGCACAACGACUCCCGCUCUCAACCGCCUCAACUCUCGUCCUCCGCGUCCUCGCCUCCUACUUCGAGAUCACCUCUCCUCCAUCCUCUCCACCUCCGACACCCUCACCCUACCUCUUCCGCCUCUAUGAGCUGCACGCGCUCGUCGUGCAAUUCUUCGCGCGCAUGUGGGUCGAAAGUGGCGCGACGAACGAGGAGGACGAGGUGGAAAGGGUUGCGGCGCUAACGAGAGGGCAGGCCAAGUAUGUGCUGGGAGGAGCGGGUGGGGAGAAAAGCUGGUUCAAGGUCAGACAAGAACUCCUCAACGCCGACUACAAGACCGUGCGAGACCGCCAGCUCCGCGAACUCGCGAUCGAGGACGACCUGCUCAGUAAAGCGCCAGUUCGCAACCUCCGCGGCAGGCUCUACCUCGAAUCCUACGAAUUCGUCAAAGCCCAGCGCAUCGCUUGCUUGCACCGAGGAGCGUGGUUCCUCGUCUCGCCUUCAACGACUGGCGCAGCGGGUUCGGGCAAGAAGGCCCAGGGGAGGAAUGGUCAGCAGGUCUGGCGGUUCUACCGACUUGCGCCGAACCGGAAGGUGCUGCACUGGGUUGAUGCGGCGGAGAAGAGGGAGAUCGGGCCAGGACUUGAUGAAUUGCCCGAGAAGAUCGAAGUCUCCUCAAUCACAGAGAUUGUGCCAACUGGCGGUACGACUCCGCAACGACCGCCCGCAAGUCGACAAGGCCAGAGCAACGGGCGCACGACAGGCUCAAAGUCGCGACUCAGCUUCCUCUCGAAAGACUCGUCAUCCCGCACUACGUCUCCAGCGCCGGCACCCGACACCACCACGUCGCUCUCCUUCACCCUGCACACGCACACUGGCCCGCUCGUUGAGCUCACCGCUCCGUCUGCCUCGGCUUUCUCCGAGUGGGUCGACGGCCUCUCGCUUCUCCGCCCCGACGGCAACAUCGUCACGCGCGCCACGGCCGACUACAUCCAGACGCUGACCGACUUUGGCGUCAAGGUCAAGCUGCUCGACUUGAGCGGCGAGAGGAUCAAGAUACCUGCCGAGGUCACGGUUGACAGCGUUCCCGAUCCCUCUGCCCGCUUCUACUACGCCGAUUCGUUCUGA